ACGACGAACGGCUGUCACUUGUUUCGGUCGGGAGGUGCAGCUGAGGAAAUGGAAAAAUCAAUAUUGUAACGGGAAAAGCAAAGCAAAUAACACAACUGUUCCUGGACCUCCGCUCGCAUACGGUAGUAGAGAACGGUGUUAGGCGCUUUCGGAAACGUGAUUUCACGGCCAAAGAAUGUUGAAAUCCGAAUUACAGCACCAAUUCUGGGUAACCAAAAAGGCGGUUCAAAGGAAACUUGGCUCCAAAGAGGACGAAAACAUUGUAGCUUCCGAUGGUGAGCUAGACUCAAAGAUUGAGCUGUUUCGCUCGGUCGCGGAAAGCUGCAGCAAACUGUAUCGUAUCAUCGACCAGUACCAAGAGCGAAUGUGCAUUCUGGCGCAGGAGGAAAACUCGUUGGGGAAAUUUUUGCGUGAAGUCAGCAAAGAAAGCCCCACCACCGGCAAAAUGAUGUCCACUACCGGCAAAGCGAUUUCGUAUUGCGGCCAGCAACGCAUUGCUAUUCGGGUACCGUUAUUGCGACUACAUCAUGAUGUGCACACGUUCAAGGGCCGUGCCAUUGCCGAUACACACCACACGAUACAACAGAUGGAAAAGGAGCGAACCGAGUAUCGGGCCGCGCUCAGCUGGAUGAAAUCGGUUAGCAUUCAGCUCGAUCCUGACACCGGCAGAGGCUUGGAAAAGUUUCGAAAAGCGCAGCGACACGUGAAGACUGCCAAGACCAAAUUCGACAAAUAUACGCUCGAUUGUCUAGAGAAGAUUGAUCUUCUAGCUGCUGCAAGAUGCAACAUGUUCUCGCAUGCGUUGGUAGGCUACCAGAAUGCCAUUCUGCAGUUUGCGAAGAAAACGGAUGAAACAUAUAAAAACACGCUUAAGAGUCUAGCUAAAGAUCCACACUAUAAUUUCUCCGUCCUCAAAGAACUCACCCAGGCGAAUCCGAACGAGGAGUGUACCGAUGAUCAAAUUGACGGGAAUCUGCCUCAGGAACUACCGGGACCACCGGCCGACGAUGACCAGAUGUUAUUUUUUAAGGAAGAGUACAAGGACGAGCUAGAUGAGCUGGAUGCAGUCAAGAAGUCAUCAUUGAAAGAGCAAAAAAUGGUAGCCGACGUUGAUGAAGAAAUCAAUGCACUGUUAUCGGGAGUACCGAAACUGAAUGUUCAAGCCAGCGAUAAACAUGGCAGUGCUGCUAAUGGAGGAAACUGUGACCUACUAGGGCUCAGUUUGGAUGACGAGUUUUCCGACUUUAUGUCAGCGCCGGCACCAUUCUUGCCUUCCAUGCUACUCGGGAACAGCAGUCUUGUAGAUGAUGCAUUUGAUUUUCCCCUGCCGAAUGCAUCGAACCCACCAAUAGCACCAGCAUCGGAUGGUAUAACCGAGGCAAAGCGAUCGGAAAGGGCUACUGAUCUUUUCAGUAGUUUGUUGCACGGAUUUUCGAAACCUGGCAACCAGCACCAGAUUUCUGGCGGUAUUCAAACUACCGCUGUGGCUGCAACGACCAGCAGUGGGUCACUGGCAGCCCCCAACGUGGCUGGGGGUGGAUCGAAGCCAAAAGGGAAGGAAGAAACCAAAACGGGUAAGCGGGAUCUUAGCGGAUGGUAUCAGCUGUUUGCGGAGCUGGACCCUCUCUCAAAUCCGGAUGCUAUACCAUCGAAAACGGACGCACCGGUCAACAGUAUGGCAGCUUGAACAGAUUUUUUAAGUUACGAUAAACGGCCAUACCCCUUCGGUUGGUUUAAAUGUGAGUUUGCUAUUUGUGCCUGUGUUUCCAUUCUGUAUCACGCUAAAAGAAUAUCCAAUUUUGUUAACCCUAUGCUAUGUUCUGCUAAAGGAUAAGUUACUUACCAUAUACACCUCCUUUCCGGUA